AUGAAAAACACAGAAGAGGAACUAGCUAUCAAAAUAGGUGUAAAUGUCGCCAUUUUCCUUCUCAACACUGGUUUGGCCUUUAAAGCCAUCGAGUUGUGCCAAGAAAGCUUGAUUUUACUAACCAAGAAUGAUUUAUGCGCGGAAACUCCAGUUGCCAAAUCAUUUGACGAACGCAUCCGCACCACACUGAAAAGGGCGUGGCUCACUCUAUGCAAUUCCCCAGGUUUUAAAGAAUACCUCAGGAAACUUUCAUUUCACCCUGAAGAGGGAAAGAAAUUUUACGAAUUAGCAAUAAACGUGACGAAAACGACCGGAAACAGACAAAGAGAAGCAGAGUUUUAUAGCGGACUAGGAGUACUUCUAUGUUCCACAGGAGAAUAUGACAAGGGGAAAGAAUAUUUGGAGAUGGCACUUGCAAUUAACAUAAAAUUUGGUGACAAGAGUUGCAUAGCUGCAAAUUACAUAGACCAAGGAAGAGUGUUAAAAUCGCUUGGAAAAUACAACAGGGCCCGAGAAUACCUGGAGAAAGCUCUCGCUAUCCAAAUAGAAAUUGGCGACAGAGAUGGAGAGGCAGCAAUAUACGUGAGCCUCGGACCACUGUUCAGAUCGCUUGGCAAAUAUGACAAGGCCCGAGAAUACCUGGAGAAAGCUCUCGCUAUCCAAAUAGAAAUUGGCGACAGAGAUGGAGAGGCAGCAAGCUGCGGGAACCUCGGAUGUGUGUUCAUAUCGCUUGGCAAAUACGACAAGGCCCGAGAAUACCUGGAGAAAUCUCUUGCUAUCCAAAUAGAAAUUGGCGACAGAAAAGGAGAGGCAGCAAUCUACGUGAACCUCGGAACACUGUUCAUAUCGCUUGGCAAAUACGACAAGGCCGGAGAAUACCUGGAGAAAGCUCUCGCUAUCAAAAUAGAAAUUGGCGACAGAUAUGGGGAGGCAACAAUCUACGUGAACCUCGGAACACUGUUCAUGUCGCUUGGCAAAUGUGACAAGGCCCGAGAAUACCUGGAGAAAGCUCUCGCUUUCAAUAUAGAAAUUGGCGACAGAGAUAGAGAGGCAACAAUAUACGUGAGCCUCGGAACACUGUUCAGAUCGCUUGGCAAAUAUGACAAGGCCCGAGAAUACCUGGAGAAAGCUCUAGCUAUGAAAACAGAAAUUGGCGACAGACAUGGAGAGGCAGCAAGCUGCGAGAACCUCGGAAGUGUGUUCAUGUCGAUUGGCAAAUACGAAAAGGCCCAAAAAUACCUGGAGAAAGCUCUCGUUAUCCAAAUAGAAAUUGGCGAUCGAGAUGGAGAGGCAACAAGCUACGGGAAACUCGGAGUUUUGUUCCAAUCGCUUGUCAAUUAUGACAAGGCCCGAGAAUACCUGGAGAAAGCUCUCGCUAUCAAAAUAGAAAUUGGUGACAGAGAUGGAGAGGCAGCAAUCUACGUGAACCUCGGAACACUGUUCAUAUCGCUGGGCAAAUACGACAAGGCCCGAGAAUACAUGGAGAAAGCUCUCGCUAUCAAAAUAGAAAUUGGCGAUAGAAAUGGAGAGGCAACAAGCUGCGGGUACCUCGGAACAGUGUUCACAUCGCUUGGAAAUCAUAACAAUGCUCAAGAAUACCUGGAGAAAGCUCUCGCUAUCCAAAUAGAAAUUGGCAAUCGAGAUGGAGAGGCAACAAGCUACGGGAAACUCGGAAUUUUGUACCAAUCGCUUAGCAAUUAUGACAAGGCCCGAGAAUACCUAGAGAAAGCUCUCGCUAUCAAAAUAGAAAUUGGCGACAGAGAAGGAGAGGCAGCAAUCUACGAAAACCUCGGAACAGUGUUCACAUCGCUUGGAAAAAGUGACAAGGGCCAAGAAUACCAGGAGAAAGCUCUCGCUAUCCAAAUAGAAAUUGGCAACAGAAAUGGAGAGGCAACAAGCUACAAGAACCUCGGAAUUUUGUUCCAAUCGCUUAGCAAUUAUGACAAGGCCCGAGAAUACCUAGAGAAAGCUCUCGCUAUCCAAAUAGAAAUUGGCGACAGACAUGGAGAGGCAGCAACCUACGGGAGCCUCGGACCACUGUUCCAAUCGGCUGGCAAUUGUGACAAGGCCCGAGAAUACCUGGAGAAAGCUCUCGCUAUCCAAAUAAAAAUUGGCGAUAGAAAUGGAGAGGCAACAAGCUACAAGAACCUCGGAAGUGUGUUCAGAUCGCUUAGCAAUUAUGACAAAGCCCGAGAAUACCUGGAAAAAGCACUCGCUAUCCAAAUAGAAAUUGGCGACAGACAUGGAGAGGCAGCAACCUACGGGAACCUCGGAACACUGUUCCAAUCGGCUUACAAUUGUGACAAGGCCCGAGAAUACCUGGAGAAAGCUCUCGCUAUCCAAAUAAAAAUUGGCGAUAGAAAUGGAGAGGCAACAAGCUACGGGUACCUCGGAAGUGUGUUCAGAUCACUUAGCAAUUAUGACAAGGCCCGAGAAUACCUGGAAAAAGCUCUCGCUAUCAAAAUAGAAAUUGGUGACAGAAAUGGAGAGGCAACAAGCUACGAAAACCUCGGAACAGAGCUCAUACUGCUUGGCAAAUGUGACAAGGCCCGAGAAAACCUGGAGAAAGCUCUCGCUAUCCAAAAAGAAAUUGGCGAUCGAGAUGAAGAGGGGACAAGCUACUGCAACCUCGGAAUUUUGUUCCGAUCGCUCGGCAAUUAUGACAAGGCCCGAGAAUACCUGGAGAAGGCACUCGCUAUCAAAAUAGAAAUUGGUCACAGAGAAGGAGAGGCAGCAGUCUACGGAAACCUCGGAACAAUGUUCAUACUACUUGGCAAAUGUGACAAGGCCCGAGUAUACCUAGAGAAAGCUCUCGCUAUCCAAAUAGAAAUUGGCAACAAAAAAGGAGAGGGAACAAGCUAUGAGAAGCUCGGAAUUUUGUUCCAAUCGCUUGACAAUUAUGACAAGGCCCGAGAAUACCUGGAGAAAGCUCUCGCUAUCCAAAUAGAAAUUGGCGACAAAGAUGGAGAGGCAUCAAGCUGCGGGAACCUCGGAUGUGUGUUCAUAUCGCUUAGCAAAUACGACAAGGCCCGAGAAUACCUGGAGAAAGCUCUCGCUAUCAAAAUAGAAAUUGGUGACAGAGAAGGAGAGGCAGCAAUCUACGAAAACCUCCAAGAAGUGCUAAUAACGCUUGGCAAAUAUGACAAGGCCCGAGAAUACCUGGAGAAAGCUCUCGCUAUCCAAAUAGAAAUUGGCGACAGAAAUGGAGAGGCAACAAGCUACGUGAACUUCGGGGUUUUUUUCCAAUUGAUUGACAAUUAUGACAAGGUCCGAGAAUACCUGGAGAAAGCUCUCGCUAUCCAAAUAGAAAUUGGCGAUCGAAAUGGAGAGGCAACAAGCCACGGGUACCUCGGAAGUGUGUUCAUAUUCCUUGGCAAUUAUGACAAGGCCCGAGAAUACCUGGAAAAAGCACUCGCUGUUAAAAUAAAAAUUGGUGACGAGGGUGGAGAGGCAAGAACCCUCGGGAACCUCGGAGUACUGUUCCAAUCGCUUGGCAAUUAUGACAAGGCCCGAGAAUACUUGGAGAAAGCUUUACUUAUUUUCAAGAGAAUUGGCUACAGAAGAGGAGAGGCAAACACUUUUGGAAAUCUUGCGUCUUUGCAUCUGUCCCUCGAUAAAUAUGCAAAGGCUGACGAUUUUCUCGAGAGAGCGAACGCAAUUUGGAGGAAAAUCGGUGACAGAAGAGGACAAGCAGUACAUUAUUCAUUCCUUGGGAUAAUUUCUCGUAAGCGUGGUGAGUACGACAAUGCUCUAGAAUAUCACAAGAAAGCCCUUGAAAUUCACAUGGAAAUUGGUUCGAAAGAAGGUGUUGUUCCUUGUUACGCAAAUAUAGGUCGUUUGUGUUUCCAAUCGCUCGGUAAAUAUGACAUGGCUGAGGAAUACCUCAAGAAAGCUCUCUUACUAAGCAGGGAUAUUGGACACACCUUGCAUGAGUUUAAUUGCCUUCUUGAUCUAACGCUAUUGAAGGUAUCACAAAAUGAUCUUAAAGAAGCCUUUUCGUUUCUUUUCCAAACCAUUGAAAUAUUCGACACUUUGCGAGGAUUUCUUAAAGACAACGACCAGUUUAAAACAUCACUUUUGGAGGAGCACGGCACCUUUCCCUACGAGUUGCUCAGUAGCUUGCUUUCUUCCACGACAAAGCCACAAGACGCCCUCUAUGUCGAGGAGCUGAGACGGGCGAGGGGCUUAGCCGACUUGAUGGCAGCUCGGUACUCUGUUGUAGAGCAGAUCUCAGGCGAUCCAAAAUCAUGGUAUGGGAUUCAAAACAUUGUCGCAAAGGAAACUGACUGUGCAUGCCUCUACAUUUCUGUUGGAGAAAAGCAUAUGCGCUUCUGGAUUCUCAAAGCAACAGGGGCUAUUCUUUUUUCAGAUGAGAAAGUGAGCCUGGACAAAAACGUGGUGACCGGAUUAGUCCCUGACUUGGAUGAGUUUUUUACGGAAAGUUUCCGCGGCCUUGGCAUUUUACCCCAACAGAAUUGCGAAGAUCGAUCUCUAGAUGACACCGAAUCAAUGUCACUUUACCAUGAAAAUCACCCGCUCCUGCGCGAUUGUGACGACAAAGGUAUCAAAACAAAUCUUCACUUGUGCCACAAGAUAAUCAUCGCUCCUGUGGCCGCUUUACUGAAGGAGCCCGAAAUUAUCAUUGUCCCUGAUUCCUGUAUGUACCAGGUACCAUUUGCGGCUUUAACUGACGAUGGAGGAAACUUCGUAUCAGACACAUUAAGGUUACGCAUCGUUCCCUCUUUGACGACUCUAAAGCUUAUUCAGGACAGUCCUCCAUACUAUCACAGUCAAACAGGUGCACUGAUAGUGGGUGACCCUCAGGUUGGGGAGGUGAUUUACAAGGGAAGCCGCAUGAAUAUAGUACGAUUGCCAUGUGCAAGAAAGGAAGCCGAGAUGAUUGGAAGACUUCUUGGUGUGACACCUUUGAUUGGAGAUCGCGCGACAAAGCAGGCUGUACUUCAAGCAAUACAUUCAGUGAGUCUGAUCCAUUUAGCUGCCCAUGGUGAUGCUGAAAGAGGAGAGAUUGUCCUUUCCCCAGAGUGUUCCGCUGACUAUUUUCCACGAGAAGAAGCCUUCCUCUUGACGAUGACAGACAUUUCACGAAUUAAGCUGCGAGCUAAACUGGUGGUUCUUAGCUGUUGUCACAGUGCACGUGGACAGAUUAAGGCCGAGGGAGUUAUUGGAAUCGCUCGAGCGUUCUUAGGAUCCGGUGCUCGCUCAGUGUUAGCGGCACGAUGGGCCUUAGAUGACACAGCCACAGAGAAGUUCAUGACUUGUUUCUACGAGCAUUUGUACCGCGGUGAAAGUGCCAGUGAAUCUCUUCACGAGGCCAGGAAAUGGAUGAGAAACCAUGGCCUUGUAGAAGUCUCUAAGUGGGCGUCUUUUAUGUUGAUUGGUGACAACGUGACAUUUGAUUUUGCAAAUUGGCCUGUGUCUACUGAAACCAAAUAA